UGCGCGCGGACUCAAUCUGCAUGCGUACCAACACGCAAUAUUUCACCCGGUCGGCCAGUGCAUUCGCCCUGCCAAUCAAGAGAGACGACAUAUGUAGAGGCUUCCGUCCCAUAUAAAGCCUUGGCACAUCCGCUCCGGCCGCAGCAUCACAGAGCACAAGACGUACCAACCAUCCAUCUCUUGCUGCAUCCCGAUCCAAGCGCACGCGCGACAAGGUAACAAACUUAAUUAGAUCCAUCACUAAGACGAUGGAUGGCGUCGACACAAACCCGGCGGCCAGCGUCGAAGGUUGCAGCUUUCAGCCGCUCAACCCAGAAGACGUGCGCGCAUGCCUCUACAAGGCCGUCGACUUCAUCACGGAUUACUACACCAGCAUCGAGUCCAUGCCGGUUCUCCCCGACGUAAAGCCAGGCUACCUACGGAACGAGCUUAUGGCGUCCCCGCCAGAACACUCGGCUCCCUUCGACGUCACCAUGAAGGAGCUGAGGACAUCCGUCGUCCCCGGGAUGAUGCACUGGGCUAGCCCCAACUUCUUCGCGUUCUUCCCGUCCACCAACAGUGCCGCAGCCAUCGCAGGGGAGCUAAUCGCCUCGGCCAUGAACACCGUGGGGUUCACGUGGCAGGCGGCUCCCGCGGCCACCGAGAUGGAGGUGCUCGUGCUGGACUGGCUCGCGCAGCUCCUGCGACUGCCAGCUAGCUUCAUGAACCGCACCAGCGCUGGGCAUGGCACCGGCGGCGGAGUCAUCCUUGGGACCACCAGUGAGGCCAUGCUCGUCACACUUGUUGCCGCACGUGAUGCGGCGCUGCGUCGGAGUGGCUCCAAUGGCGUGGACCGCAUCACAAGGCUCACGGUGUACGCUAGCGACCAGACACACUUCACGUUCUUCAAGGCAUGCCGCCUCACCGGCUUCGACCCUGCCAACCUCCGAUCCAUCCCUACCGGGCCGGAGACUGACUACGGGCUCGACCCGGCCAAGUUGCUCGAGAUCAUGCAUGCGGACUUUCGUGCCGGCCUCGUGCCAACAUACAUCUGCGCCACUGUUGGUACCACGUCGUCCAAUGCCGUGGACCCGGUGGGUGCAGUUGCAGAUGUCGCAGCCAUGUUUAAUGCAUGGGUCCACGUCGAUGCUGCCUAUGCUGGCAGCGCCUGCAUCUGUCCGGAGUUUCGGCACUAUAUCGACAGCGUUGAGCAUGUGGACUCCAUCAGUAUGAGCCCGCACAAGUGGCUGCUCACAUGCCUUGACUGCACCUGCUUGUGGGUGCGCGACACGCACCGUCUCACCGACGCACUACAGACGAACCCAGAGUAUCUGAAGAACGACGCUACCGAGUCCGGCAUGGCCACCGAUCUCAAGGACAUGCAAGUCGGUGUGGGCCGCCGCUUCCGUGGGCUCAAGUUGUGGAUGGUGAUGCGCACCUACGGCACCACCAAGCUUCAGGAGCACAUCCGAAGCGAUGUUGCUAUGGCCAAGGCAUUUGAGGAGCUUGUCCGUGCCGAUGACCGGUUCGAGAUUGUAGUGCCGAGGAACUUCGCCUUGGUAUGCUUCAGAAUCAGGGCAUGUGGAGCCAUGACAGAGGAAGUGGCCGAUGAGGUGAACCAUGUGCUGAUGGACCGGCUCAACAUUUCGGGGAAGGCCUACCUUGCGCACACGGUGGUCGGCAGCAGGUUCACUCUACGGUUCGCGGUAGGGUCGUCGAUGCAGGAGGAGCGGCACGUGCGGAGCGCGUGGGAGCUCAUCAAGAAAACAACCACCAAAAUCAUCGAGGCGGAGGAGAUCAUGCAAUAACGGAAUUCAUCAAUUAAUGUGUUUGAUUAAUUGUUAUUGUUUGUGAGGGGUAAUAAAAUCCUUUCAAUGGUGGCGGAUGAUCCGCCGGCAGUACGAUGUACCGGUGACAACCUCCGUGUUGUGAAUCUCAGUUUGUAUUAUUUAGCAGAUGAGUAAAUUAGUGUUCACAGUAAUUUAUGUCAAGAAUGUAAAUGUAUAUUUCUAAACCAUAUACAUUCUUAUGUGUCUUUAAACAUCUAUAUAAAAUAAAAAUGUUUGUGU